AUGGGUCUGGAGUACAGAGUAUUCACCAGCAGACGUUCCGGCGUGAACCGGUCCACCCCAGCCGGUCACGAUCAUCUCAAGUGGGUGCCGACCACUUCGACAUUGAUAUUCGGCCAAAAAGAUGCGGUGCUGGUCGAUACGCAGUUAACCAUGGCUGCUGCCAAAGAGUUGGUAGACUGGGUUGUAGCCACUGGGAAAAACCUCACGACGAUCUAUGUCUCUCAUGCCCAUGGCGAUCAUUUUUAUGGCACCGAUGCCGUCCUCGAAAAAUAUCCAGAAGCCAAAGUUGUGGCUACGCCGGAGACUGUCUCUCGUAUGGCUGAGGCCAUCGCUCCUGAAGGGAUGGACGCCUUUUGGAGAAAUCUUUUCCCUGGUCAGAUCCCGGAAAAGCUCGUGAUGGCCACCCCCUCGAGCAAGACCACUUUAUACACAGAUGAUACAACGGCUCUCUGGGUACCUGCAAUCGGCUUGGUUGUUGCGGGCGAUGCAGUCUACAACAACACCCACCCUUUCCUUGGCGAGUCGAAAUCCCUAGAGGCCAGAUCAAGAUGGGUAGCAGCGCUCGAUAAGAUUGCGAGCCUAGAACCGAGAAUCGUCGUUGGCGGUCACAGUGACCCAUCCAAGGGAUUCUCCCCCGAUGCCGUCCAAGCGACCAAGGAUUAUUUGAAUGACUUCGCGCGACUGGACGAACAAACAUCCAGUCCCGAGGAAUUAUACUCCCAAAUGAUGGAAUUGCAUCCCACUCGAUUGAAUGUUGGCUCGCUUUGGGGAGGUGCAACGCUCGUGAAAAAAUGA